GGCAAAUCUUUUACUAGCUCAAACAUUCAAUCCCAAUCUAAACCGAACCAACCCACACUCUAAAUCGAAUAGCUGAACCCGUAACUAAAAUCCAAAAAUCAAAAUCAAACGAAUUCUAAGAAUGAAAAUUUGCAUUUUGAUUCUAUUGGAUCCAAAACCGACCCAUAUCAACCGCUAACUUUUCCUAUAAAAGUUCCAUCCAACUUAUUAUUCAGACAGACGUAUGCCAUACCUCUUCGUCACCUUGUACACGUGGAUUAUGGUUUAUCCAAUGUGUAGUGUCACAAUAAUCAAUGAAUGUUUAUUUUUCUUUUAAAAUUUUAAGACAACAUUGCAAAACCCUCCGUCACCGGACCAUCAUCAAACAUGACACCCACAAUAUCACCAACUUCUCCGACAACAAACGCCACCCACACCAAACACCUUACCUCACCUCAACUCAACCGUUGGUCCAUAGCUCGAGCCAUCAGAUCCGGCCGUAAACUGGACCGCCCGGUUCAACCUAAACAGCACCAGGCCACUGAUCAAGAACCUGAACCGGCUGUAACGAGUCCGUGUUUCUCCACAUCAUCGUCGGAAAAUGAUACCGGAGGAAAGACGGCGGAAGAGUUUGUUAGAGGGAAGGAGAUCUACAUGGUUUCCGAUGGGUCUGGACGGACGGCGGAGCACUCCGUCACCGCCGCGUUGGGGCAGUUUGAGCAUUUUUUUGUUGACGGUGGUUGUCCGGUGUAUACUCGCUUGUUUUCUGGGAUUAAUGACUUGGAUCGGCUCAUGGAGAUCAUAAUGCAAGCAGCGAAAGAAGAUGCAAUACUCAUUUACACAUUAGCCGACGAAAAUCUGGCUGAGUCGGCUCGACAGGCCUGCAAAUCAUGGGGUGUACAAUCAACAGACGUUCUUAGGCCAAUCACCGAUGCAAUUGCAUCUUAUUUAGGAAUCUCACCUUCCGGGCUCCCUCGUGGGGCCCCCGGGAGGCGAUUUCCACUAACCGACGUCUACUUUAAAAGAAUUGAGGCUAUUGAAUUUACCAUCAAACAGGACGAUGGAGCUCUUCCGCAGAACUUGCAUAAGGCUGAUAUUGUUGUUGCUGGUGUAUCACGAUCUGGUAAGACUCCAUUGUCGAUUUAUUUGGCCCAGAAAGGAUUCAAAGUGGCGAAUGUGCCUAUUGUUAAAGGUGUUGACCUGCCCAAGACUCUGUUUGAGGUUGACCAGAAAAAAGUUUUUGCUUUGACUUUGAAUCCUGUAAUGCUGCAAACUAUAAGACUAGAAAGAGCAAAGGGUUUAGGGUACCAUGAAGAUGAGGGAAGUGAUUAUGCUGAGAUGGCUCAUGUGAGAGAGGAGCUGGAAUAUGCUAACAAGAUUUUCACACAAAAUCCUACUUGGCCCGUUAUCGAAGUAACUGGAAAAGCAAUUGAAGAAAUUGCUGCAAUCAUAUUGAGAGUCUACCAGGAUCGGAAACACGGGUCGCCCGUCCCAAUAAUCUCAAAGCUCUACUAAAAAUGUCACAACUACAUUGUAAUAAAGUCUUGUAUUUCAAAAAACUAAAACUAUUGACAUAAUAACAUGAUGAAAUAAUAUUUCCUUUAUAUACAAAA